AUGGAAGAAAUUCCCAUUGGUUAUAAGCUUCAUCCAAUCGACAGGGAGUUGAUACAGUAUCUUGUGUGCAAGGCAAAGGAAGAAGCCCUGCCAUGCGAAGAUGUUGUGAAGGACUGUGACGUUUACGGCAAAGAGCCCUCAAAACUUUUCAAAGGUUCAGAAGAGAAAGUUCUUUAUUUUUUCACCAAAUUGAAGAAGAAGCAUAGAAACGGCUCGAGGAUCGAUCGUGUGACGGCGACUAUAGGUACAUGGAAGGUGCAAGACAAGGCUAAACCCAUAAAAGAUGUCGAUGGUACUACUGGUACCAGCGAAGAAGAUGAUCAAGAAACAGCGGCAUCUGGCCAAAAUUAUGUAAUUUGCCGAAUUAAAAGGCAAAAGAGGGAAGAAAUUAAGGUGAUGCAAGCAGAGGAGUGCAAAGUGACAGUAACUCCGGCACCUGAAGACUGCAAUACGAUGGAACCCAAAUUACCAACGGUACUAAUGCAAGUUGAAGAUUGCAAUACGAUCACAGAUGCAAUGGAACCCAUAUUACUAACGUCACUACGUACUAAUGCAAGCUGA